UAUCGACCAUCGCUAUUGAAGAGAGAUGAUGUGGAAUUAGUUUUUAAAAAAAUAUAUUAACAACAAUUUCGGUUUGACAAUAUCGAAAUGGACAUUACACAGAUAUUUAAGGCCAGCGUAAUGACGGUACGGCUGCAGCGUAAGACUGAGUUGGCAGCGGCCGGCAAACUAGCUCCAGCCUCAACGACAACAACUGGACGGAACUUACUCCGGGAUGACUUUGCGAAGCAGGCAAAGGAUGUAUGUAGCAAAAUUACCACACUGCGCAAUGUUCUCAUUGAGAAUCGCACUGCCUAUAUGAGGAUUGGUCAGCAUCUGAAGAGUGCCGCCCACAUGACCGACGAACAGCGGGAUCUGAUUGACCGCGAGUCUGAGAAAUUUGUAACAUUCUAUACUCAGCACUUGGGCAAAAUGCGUAGCGACUGGAAGAGCGCUAAACGAAAGCCCCAAGAACGACAGCAUAUCGAGGCUGUGUUGGAUUUGUUAGUCAGUUAUCUGCAUAGUGUGGAACAGAUCUAUAUUGAUCAAAAGAAGUAUCGUGUCCAGCAUGAGCUGGAGACAUACAAGCUGGUCAAAUUGGCGGCGGAUAAGAAAAAGAUACCAGUGCGUCCGGGAGGUGGCAAAACGGCCAAAUUGGGACGACGUGUGGAAGAGAAUGGUCACGACACAUUGGCCAAAAAUGAUGCAGCCGUAAAUGACUGGAAUAAUGAUGAAUGGGGCGAGUGGGGCGACGAAGAUGCCAAUGAUGGACUUCACACAGAAACUAGUGGCUCAAAAUCAUCCUUGCCUCUAUCACAAAAGUCGCGAACGCGUAAACGUAGUAAACCCAAUCGUGAGGGAGCGGCAUUAACAAGCGAAGGAAUAAUAAAUCACAAUAACAACUCAGACUCUUCGGCAAAAGUGGCCCUGGACGAGGAUAUUACAAAACAGCAUCAGGCAGACAAUGAAGAAGAUGAUGCACUAAGUCCAGAGGAUAUGCAGCUUUUCGAAGCAGAAAAUGUUCAUAUCUACAAUAUGCUGCAAGGUGUAUCUGAGGAAGUCGAACAGAUUGGUAAAAAUGUAGUGGACAUUGCCCAAUUGCAGGAUAUAUUCACAGAGAAGGUGGCACUGCAGCAGCAUAAUAUUGAAAGGAUUGUCAGUGCCGUUGUGGGAACCACCGAGAAUGUCAAGGAUGCCAAUGAACAAAUUCGUCAGGCCACUCAACGGAAUGCUGGCCUGCGUGCUUGGUCUUUGUUCUUUCUUUUGGUCAUGUCAUUUUCGCUCUUAUUCCUGGACUGGUAUUACGAUUAAGAAAGAGUCUCUAAUGGUCCACCCCCAAAGUAAAGAAGAAAACACGCAUACAAUCAAUGGGUUUUAUGUCCACUUUCUGUUGUUAUCGUUGGUUGAAUUCUAAAACAUAGUUUUGUUUAAUUACCACAAUAUUUAUAUAUAAUAUACAUAUAUAUAUAUAUAUUAUUAUUAAAUGUAAUAAUAAAAAUGAAUGAAAGCUGAUAAACUUAUUAUACCUAA